CUCCUGGUCUCUUUGGAAAUGAAGGUCAUUGCUAUAUUCCUUGUCUUCAUCUUCUGCUGGACGACCUCCACCCUCAGCAGCUUCUGGCAGUUCCAGAGGAUGGUCAGACACAUCACAGGGCGCAGCGCCUUCUUUUCCUAUUAUGGAUACGGCUGCUACUGUGGGCUAGGAGGCAGAGGGAUCCCUGUGGACGCCACAGACAGGUGCUGCUGGGCUCAUGACUGCUGCUACCACCAGCUGAAGGAGCAUGGCUGCCAGCCCAUCUUGAAUGGCUACCAGUUCAGCGUUGUCAAUGGGACUGUGGCUUGUGGAUGCCUCCCGGGUGGCAGCUGCCUCUGCGGGCAGAAGGCCUGUGAGUGUGACAAGCUGUCUGCGUACUGCUUCAAGGAAAACCUGAACACCUAUGAGAAAGCCUUCAGGCAGGUCUUCCCCAGCAAGCCCCAGUGUGGCCGACACAAACUCCGGUGCUAGCGAGGCCACCGUCCCCAUCACACGGCACCUACUCUAGUCAUGGUCCUUCUGGCAAACUGUCUCCGGCCACCUCUGACAGCUCCCAGGCUCCUGGAGCUCCGCAUUGCUGUCCAGGGAGUGUCUUCUCACUCAGCGCUGGGGUCUGGAAAUGAGACAUGGAGGAAUCCCUGCUCUGGAAACAGACCCUGCGUGCCUGGCAAUUAACUGACACCUUCCAACCGAAGUCUGCCUUCUGUGAACCCGCUGGCAGGAAGAAGGCUGGUCUGGUGUCUCAGAAAACUGGGUGCCAUUGCAACGAUGAUGUUCACCACUACCACAAGGAUGUCAUGGCAAAGAUGACAUGAAGAAAUGGAGAGAUGAUGGGCAGUCUAUCUAAGGCACCCUAAAUCCCCACCCCCAUUUAGAAGCCUCUGGUCCUGUAAGACUUAAAUCUAGUGACCAGUAAACAGGGAAGGUCUAAUUGAGGUGGAGUCAGUUCUGUGUGGCCAGCCUGGCAUAGUGGAUCUCAGGCAUAGCUGUGACCACACUUGUCUCCCUGUUUGGUGGCACUUGCCUUUUGUGCCCUAGCA